AUGAAUACUCUGUCUCAAGCCAAUGGCACCUUUGCCAUCCAUCUUUUGAAGAUGCUCUGUCAAGGCAACCCUUCAGAAAAUGUGUGUUUUUCUCCUAUGACCAUCUCCUCUGCCCUAGCUAUGGUUCUCUUGGGUGCAAAGGGAGACACUGCAGUCCAGAUAUGUCAGACAUUUAAGGAGUCCUGUCUUAAAUUCUAUCACUCUGAGAUGGAGCAGCUCUCUUUUGCUGAAGCUGCAGAGAAGUCCAGGCAACACAUAAACAUGUGGGUCUCCAAACAAACUAAAGAAAGAAAGCCAGUGCAGAUGAUGUUGCAGGAAGACACAUUUUCCCAUGCCUAUGUGAAGGAAAUCCAGGCACAAGUGCUGGUGAUGCCCUAUGAGGGCAUGGAUUUGAGUUUUGUGAUCCUACUCCCAGAUGAGGGUGUGGACAUCAGCAAGGUGGAAAACAAUCUUACUUUUGAGAAGCUAACAGCCUGGACCAAACCAAACUUUAUGAAUGGCACUGACCUUUAUGUUUAUCUUCCAAAAUUUCAACUACAAGAAGAUUAUGAUAUGAAUUCCCUGUUACAGCGUUUGGGAAUUUUGGAUAUCUUCCAUGGAAGCAAGGCUGACUUAUCAGGAAUGUCUACUAAGGAAGACCUGAAUCUGUCCAAGUUUGUUCACAAAUGUGUAGUAGAGGUCAAUGAAGAAGGAACAGAGGCUGCUGCAGCCUCUGCCGGAGAAGUUGAAUUUUGCUCCUGUUCAGAUUCUGACCCUGAAACUUUCUGUGCUGACCACCCCUUCCUUUUCUUCAUCAUGCACAACAAAACUAACAGCCUCCUGUUCUGUGGCAGGUUCUCAUCUCCAUAA